AUGAGAGCGGUUACAAUUUCCUUGUUUGGAUUUCUUCUUGUCAUCGCAGCCACCAUUAUUAGCUUUUGUGAUGGGAAUUCCAAUGUGCUUUGCAUUGAGAGUGAGAGGCAAGCUCUUUCGAAGUUCAAGCAACACCUAAUUGAUCGAUCAAACAGGCUAUCUUCUUGGGUUGAAGGUGAGGAUUGCUGUGAAUGGGUUGGUGUUUUCUGCAAUAAUUUCACUGGCCAUGUCAAAGCGCUGCAUUUGGGGCAUCAUUCAAGUAGUCCAGGAUGGGAUGGUUACGUUCAUUCAGCUGAAUGGUAUGCUUACUUUCAGUCAAAGCUAAGAGGAAAAAUAAAUCUUUCUUUGAUCGAGUUGAAACAUCUCAGUUUCCUAGACUUAAGCAACAACGACUUUAGAGGCCUGGCAAUUCCUGAAUUCAUUGGUUCGAUGAAGAGUUUGAUAUAUCUUAACCUCUCUUUGGCAAAUUUUGGCAGAGCGAUUCCCCAUAGUCUUGGAAAUCUCUCAAAAUUACGUUAUCUUGAUCUUGGACGCAAUUCCUUUUCUGAAGCUAAAACUCUUCAAUGGGUUUCUGGUCUUUCGCCUCUGCAGUAUCUUGAUUUGAGUGAUGCAAAUCUUACUAAAGCAAUUGAUUGGCUGCAGGCAACACAAAAACUUCCUUCUUUGGUGGAGUUACACUUGUCAGGAUGCACGUUAAAUAAUGAUCCAUCUUCAAUCAGAGUGAUUCCCAAUGGUUUUCAAAACAUGUCUUCUCUCAAAUUUCUUGAUCUUAGUUGGAGUUCAUUCUCUUCAUCAUCGACACUCAACUGGUUGUCUAAUUUAAACCGACUUCAAUUCCUUGGUCUUCGUAGUGUCAACCUGCAAGGUAAUUUUUCAAUUGCCAUUAGAAACUUGAGCUCUCUUACUCAUCUUGAUCUUUCAGAUAACCAGCUUGAAACUAUAGAACCCAAAUGUUUGGAAAGUCUUUGCAAUCUGAGGGAGAUAGAUUUGUCAAAUAAUGUAAUUGAUCAAGAAGUAUCAGAAAUCAUAGCGAGUUUGCCUAGAUGUAGUUUGGAUCGAUUAGAAUCAUUAAAUAUUGCAUCUAACAAACUUUCCGGCUAUUUACCCGAUCAACUUGGCCAAUUUAAAAAUUUGGCAUACCUUUCCCUUUCUAAUAACUCCAUUUCUGGUCCCAUUCCAUUCUCAAUAGGGAAGUUAUCAUCAUUGAAAGUUCUUGAUGUUUCACACAAUCGAUUGAAUGCAACUCUCCCUCAAAGUUUAGGACAACUUGGGAAUUUGGAAGAUUUAGACGUUAGCAAUAAUAUGUUGGAAGGAAAUAUAUCAGAAAUGCGCCAUUCCCACUUGGUUUUGGAACCUUUCAACAUCAUUGAAUAUCUAAACCUUUCCCAUAACCAACUAGUCGGGGAGAUUUCAUAUUUACCAGGUGGUAGGGCUAUUGACUUGAGUUACAACCAAUUCACAGGUCCAUUGCCACGGGCAUCCUCAUACUUGGGUUUUUUAUUUUUGUCUGAGAAUCUAAUUUCAGGAUCCCUUUCUAAUUUUCUUUGUAAUUCCUCAACUAAACUGGAAUAUUUGGGCCUUCUUUACAUUGAAUCAAAUCUUCUGUCAGGUGAAAUUCCAGAUUGUUGGGAAAAUUUGCCAGAGUUGGAUGUCUUAAAUUUAGGGAACAACAAACUAACUGGGAAAAUUCCUAGAUCUUUGGGAUCUAUCGGUGGUAUUUGGUCAUUAAACCUUCGUAACAAUAACCUGUUCGGAGAAGUACCAUCCACAUUGCAGCAUUUAACUUAUUUGUAUAUUCUUGAUCUUAGUGAAAAUCAAUUAACAGGAAGUAUUCCAGCAUGGAUUGGAGAGAAUCUCUCAAACCUCGUGGUUCUAAACCUCCGUUCAAAUAACUUUCAAGACUAUAUUCCUGAUCAAAUUUGUGCUCUUAAUUCUCUUCAGUUCUUGGAUCUUGGUUAUAACAACAUUUCAGGAGCUAUUCCAAAAUGUUUUAGUAACCUAAGUGCCAUCGCCACAAAACCCCUCAAUGGAGACUUGUUUAAAUGGACCUUGGUAUUCAACCCUGACUACUGGUUUUAUUUGGAUGCAUUAUUGGUGAUGAGAGGAAGAGAGGAUGAAUAUAGUACCACACUUGGACUUGUUACCGCCACAGACCUUUCAGUUAACAGUCUCACAGGAGAGAUCCCCAAAGAACUUGGCAAUCUCACGUGGCUGCGGUCAUUAAAUUUGUCAGGGAAUCUCCUUACAGGAAAGAUACCAGAGAACAUUGGCAAUAUGAUGUUGUUGGAAUCUCUUGACUUGUCGAUGAACCGACUCCAUGGUGAAAUCCCUUCAAGUUUCUUCAAUUUGAAUUUUUUGAAUCACUUCAACGUGUCAUGUAACAGCUUGACAGGAAAAAUCCCAUCAGGCACCCAGCUCCAAAGCUUUGACAGGUUUUCUUACAUUGGCAAUCAUCUUUGCGGACCUCCAAUCACUAAAAAUUGCAGCAGAAAUGGCGAAACACCUGAUGUUAUAAAUGGAGGUAGCAGUAAAGGAAGGCACAGGUUUGAGGUGAAUUGGCUUUACGUGAGCAUGGUGGUUGGAUAUGUGAUGGGGUUUUGGGGAGUAGUGGCUCCCCUGAUUUUCAUCAGGUCUUGGAGGUUUGCUUAUUAUAAAAAACUGGAGCAUAUUUGUGAUAAGCUAUACGUGUUUUGGGCUACUAUUGAAUCAUUAAAUGUUGCAUCUAACCAACUUUCUGGCUGUUUACCUGAUCAACUUGGCCAAUUUAUAAAUUUGGCAUACCUUUCCCUUUCUGGAAACUCUAUUUCUGGUCCCAUUCCAUUCUCAAUCGGGAAUUUGUCAUCAUUGAAACUUCUUGAUGUUGCAUACAAUCGAUUGAAUGCAACUCUCCCUCAAAGUUUAGGACAACUUGGGAAUUUGGAACAUUUAGACGUUAGCAAUAAUAUGUUGGAAGGAAAUAUAUCAGAAAUGCACUUUUCUAAUCUCAAGAGAUUGAGAUUAUUUUGGGCAUCUAACAACAUGUUAACGUUUAAACCAAAUCCAAGUUGGAUUCCUCCUUUUCAUUGUGAAAGUAUUAAACUGCGUAACUGGCAUAUUGGUCCGCAAUUUCCUCAGUGGCUACAAUUCCAAAAGAAUUUGUCUGUUUUAGAUAUCUCACAUGCUGAAAUUUCAGGUGUCAUUCCCACUUGGUUUUGGAACCUUUCGACUCAAUUUGAUUAUAUAAACCUUUCCUAUAACCAUCUAGUUGGGGAGAUUUCAUAUUUACCGAAGAGUAGGACGGUUGACUUGAUGUCCAACCUCCUCACUGGUCCAUUGCCACGAGCAAAUUCAAAUUUGGAGAUUUUAUUUUUGUCUAAGAAUCUAUUUUCAGGAUCCCUUUCUAAUUUUCUUUGCAAUUCCUCAAGUAAACUGGAAGCUUUGGACCUUCUUGACAUUGAAUCAAAUCUUCUGUCAGGUGAAAUUCCAGAUUGUUGGGAAAAUCAGCCAAUGUUGGGAGUCUUAAAUUUAGGAAACAACAAUCUAACUGGCAAAAUUCCUAGAUCCUUGGGAUCUUUGCGGAAUAUUAUGUCAUUAAAACUUCGUACCAAUAACCUGUUUGGAGAAGUACCAUCCACAUUGCAACAUUUAGCUUAUAUGGUUAUUCUUGAUCUUAGUGAAAAUCAAUUGACGGGAAGUAUUCCAGCUUGGAAUGGAGACAAGCUUUUAAACCUUGUGGUUCUAAACCUUCGUUCAAAUAAAUUCCAAGCCCAUAUUCCUGAUCAAAUUUGUUCUCUUAAUUCUCUUCAUUUCUUGGAUCUUGGUUAUAACAACAUUUCAGGAGCCAUUCCAAAAUGUUUUAGUAACCUAAAACCCUUGGACCGAGACGGUUUUGCCUGGGGUUUGUUAAUUGACUCUUACAACUUGUAUUAUUUUGGUGCAUUAUUGGUGAGGAAAGGAAGAGAGGAUGAAUACAGUACCAUACUAGGUCUUGUUACCGGCAUAGACCUAUCAGUAAACAGUCUCACAGGAGAGAUCCCCAAAGAACUUGGCAAUCUCACGUGGCUGCAGUCAUUAAAUUUGUCAGGGAAUCUCCUUACAGGAAAGAUACCAGAGAACAUUGGCAAUAUGAAGUUGUUGGAAUCUCUUGACUUGUCGAUGAACCGAUUGCAUGGUGAAAUCCCUUCAAGUUUCUCCAAUUUGAAUUUCUUGAAUCACUUGAACUUGUCCUACAACAACUUGACAGGACAAAUUCCAUCAGGCACCCAGCUCCAAAGCUUUGACAGGUUUUCUUACAUUGGCAAUCAUCUUUGCGGACCUCCAAUCACUAAAAAUUGCAGCGGUGGAACACCUGGAAUUACAAAUGGAGAUAGCAGUGAAGGAAGGCACAGGUCUAAGGUGAAUUGGCUUUAUGUGAGCAUAGUGGUUGGAUUUGUGAUGGGGUUUUGGGGAGUAGUGGCUCCCCUGUUUUUCAUCAGGUCUUGGAGGUAUGCUUACUAUAAAAAGCUAGAGCAUAUUGGUGAUAAGCUAUACGUGUUUUGGGCUACUAUUGCUAAAACUCUUCCAUGGGUUUCUGGUCUUUCGUCUCUGCAGUUUCUUGAUUUGAGUGAUGCAAAUCUUACUAAAGCAAUUAAUUGGCUGCAGGCAACACACAAACUUCCUUCUUUGGUGGAGUUACACUUGUCAGAAUGCUCUCUAAACAAUAAUCCAUCUCCAAUCAGUGUUAAUUACAAAUCUCUUACUGUUCUUGAUCUUUCCGGAAACACGUUGUCUUCGGUACCUACAUGGAUAUUCAGUCUUCGUAGUCUUGAGUCCAUUGAUCUAAAAUCUAAUGGAGUUGAAGAUGUGAUUCCCAAUGGUUUUCAAAACAUGUCUUCUCUCGAAUUUCUUGAUCUCAGUUGGAAUUCAUCCUCUUCAUCAUCGACACUCAGCUGGUUGUCUAAUUUAAACCAACUUCAGUUCCUUGGUCUUCGUGACGUCGGCCUGCAAGGAUUUUUCCAAGUGCCAUUGGAAACUUGA